AUCAGCAUUGAGAGUAUACACGAGACUGACAAGAAUCGUUCGAUGUAUAAAUGAAGAAAAAGAAGGGGGCUUAAAGUUCUCAGAGUAUACACCGUGAGCAUUGGUGUUUCCAUUCAAACCGAUAGUAAUAAUUAAAAUACUUGAUAAGGAAAAACACCACAGCAUACCGUGUAUACGGCGCAUAGUAUUCCUAACAUAUGUACAAUUGUCAGUUAAAUAUUUCACUAUUAUUAUAGUGUAACAUUAUUUAGUUGGGUUUACUACAGUGACCGGACCACUCAUUUUUUUACGUUUAAAGCAUUUUCGCGCCAAAAAUAAAUACGAAUACUUAUCUUCCUCAACUCAGCGUUAAAAAUGAUGCGAAGCGUGUAAUUGUCAACCUAUCGUUGCCGUCAAAAAUCGAAUGCCAUCUAAGUGGAGCAAUAGUCAAUUUAAAUAAGAUCAAUAAAGCGCAUCAUCGCCCGUCCACUUCGGUCCACGACGACGACCACGUGCCGGUGUCAAUCAUCGACAUGAGCCUUCACAAGCCGGCCGCGGCCACGGUGUCGGUGUGGCGGCGGUUCUGGAGCGGCGUCACCGUCGAGCCAAUAGUCGCGUGCUACAUGACGGCGUUCACGAUGGUCACGCUCACCGUGUCCAACCUGAACAUGCAAAAGGCGUGCCGGGUGAACCUCCGGCUUCCGGACGAGACGUGCGAGGCGCUGGUGACGAAGAGCACGACCGGACAUUCGGCCGACGAGGUGGCCGUCCAGGAGCUGGUCACCGGCAUGAUGAUGUGGCAGACGUGCGCGCAAAACGUGCUGCCGUGCGUGCUCAUGCUGUUGGUGGGCGCCUGGAGCGACCGGACCCGGAAGCGCGUCCCGUGCAUGCUGUUGCCGCUUUACGGCGAACUGGCCCGGAACGUGGGCCAACUGCUGUGCGUCUUUUACUACCAGCUGCCCAUGGAGGCGGCCGGCAUCGCCGAAACGAUACCUUGGGCCCUGACUGGCGGCCAAACCCUGAUGACCAUGACCGCUUACAGUUACAUCGGAGACGCCACUUCGUUGGAACAACGAACAUUCAGAAUUGGGGCGUUGAAUGCUGUUAUGGCUGUAUCUAUGGCAAUCGGAACGUCAAUGUCCGGCAUAAUAUAUAAUAAGUUAGGAUUCUACGGUGCAUAUCUUACAACAUCUUCAUUGAUUAUAAUAGGUCUGGUAUAUGGAUUAUUGUUUGUGAAAGAUGUGACUCCAGUCACAGAAGUAGAUAAAAACAAAUCAUACCGGACGACUAUAUCAGAAUUUCUAGAUUUCACUCACAUAACCCAAUCGUUCAGUACUACUUUUAAACAACGUCCGAACAGACAAAGAAUAAGAAUCAUAAUUUUAUUAAUUAUAUUCAUGGCAAGUUCUGGCAUAAAUGCUGGUUACCAUACAGUAAUUUAUUUGUACACUCGUGUUCAAUUCAAUUGGAAUGAAUUAAAAUACAGCGUAUUUGCAUCGUAUGAAAUAAUAAUUAACAUUAUCGGUCUUUUAUUCACCUCGAUUUUGCUAAGUAAGCUAUUGAAAAUUUCCGAUGAAAUAAUAGGAAUGUUAUCAUCGAUUAGCCAAACACUGGGUGCACUAUUCUACACCUUCGCUAAAACCGAAUUGCUUUUCUAUAUUGGACCAUUAGUAUCGAUUUUAACAUGUGCAGAAAAUGUAUCUACCAAAUCACUGAUGACAAAAUUAGUACCAAAAACUGAACUCACUCAAAUAGCCGCUGUUUUUGGCAUUGCGGAAAUUAUGGUUUCAUUGGUGUUUGGACUCGGGUACAAUGGCUUAUACGAAGCCACAAUUAAUGUUCUACCCGGAGCAUUUUAUUUGAUCACCUUCAUAUUCAUCGCUCCGACUAUUGCUUUAUUCCUAUGGUUGUAUAUGAAACGAACAAAUGAAUAUGAAUACUUAAAUGAAACAAAAGAUGACGUAUUAAAAAAUCCAAAAGUUAAGCCAAAAACUUUAAGUACUUCAAAUUAUGGUACGAUUGUAGAUCCGAUACAAAACUAACAAAACUAUGCGACUGAUUUUUUAAUACAUUUAUGAAAAAACUAACAUAUUACUUAAAUAUAAUUUAUUUAACUAAUAACACGAUUAUAAUUAUGUAUUAUCAUUUGUCAUUGGUUAUAGUAUUAUAAUACCUACCUAUUAUUACACUUUUUUUUUCAUAUUUGAGAGGAUUAUGAACAAUGUAUAAAUUACGUUAUUUUUGGAAAAGUAAAAAUGUUUUGAUUUUUAAUUUUUAAGAAUUGUUCCUGGAAGCAAAAAUUCAAAAUUAAAUUUAGUUGGUACAAUUGAGAUGAAGACCAAAGAAAAAAUAUACUAAUAAUCUUAUAUACUAUGGCGUGCUCCGACCCUAUGAAUAGUUAUUUGCAAAUUGAGUGGCUGUUUCUUUGUCUUAUAGUUAUUUCGAUCAUAAAAUGCUAUACGAGUAAAAUGUACAUACCUUAUACUUACGAAAAAUAAUAAUAAUUUAAGCUGUUUAUAAAUCCUCAUUUAUAGACUUAUAGAUAAUAAAAACAAUUUUUUUCUCACAUUAACAUCAUUAUUCUUACACCCGGGAAAUUUACUAUAUUAUAUGAUAUAUAUUAUUAUAUCCAAUGUCAGCCAUAUAAUAUAUUUCCCGGGUGUAAGAAUAAUGAUAUUAAUGUGAGAAAAAAAUGGCUGACAUUGAAUUAAGUUCCGUAAA